AUGGAAAGAGCGGGGAAAGAAGAGGUGGUGGUGGAAAAAUCAGAAGAUACUAACAAUAAUAUCGAAAGACUACCAGAAGGAUGUGUAUCUGACAUCCUAUCCCUAACAACACCUGCAGAUGUGUGUAGGUCUAGUCUUGUUUCAACUCUUUUUAGAUCUGCAGCUGAGUCAGAUGCUUUUUGGGGGAAAUUUCUACCUGCCGAUUAUGAAAAGAUCAUUUCUAGAGCGUCGAAUCCUAUUUCAUCAGCUACACUAUCUAAGAAAGACUUAUUUUAUCGCCUAUCAGAUAACCCACUUCUUAUUGAUGGUGGUCUUAAGAGCUUUCAGUUGGAAAAAUCUAGUGGAAGGAAAUGUACUAUGCUUGGAGCGAAGGAGCUUGCAAUUACUUGGGGGGACACUCCUCAGUACUGGUUUUAUCGAGGGUGCGCUGACUCCAGGUUUGCUGAGGUGGCCGAACUGCGUUCUGUAUGGUGGCUUGAAAUCCGUGGGAAGCUGGAAAUCCAAUUGCUCUCCCCAAACACCUUUUAUGUAGCUUACCUUGUGCUAAAGUUGAGAGAUUAUGCUCAUGGAUUUGAUGAUUACGAGCCUAUAAAGGCCAAAGUCGAAGUCAUUGGACAAGCUGGUGGUGAUACUAGUUUCUGUAGCGAAGAGAGACUUAUCUACUUAUAUGCUGGUGGUGGAUAUUCUCCUCCAGAUCCGUUGGAGCUUGAAUAUUUUGCACGGGAGAGAGGAGACGGAUGGAUGGAGGUUGAGAUGGGUCAUUUCUAUAACGGAGGAGGAGUCAAAGAGGGCGUGGAGGUGCAUAUGUCCGUGCUUAAGACUGAGAGAGGAGUACACAAGCGUGGCCUCAUUGUCCAAGGUAUGGAACUUAGACCCAAGGUAGACACAAAUAGUCAUCCUAACCCAGAUCCAAAUGAGCUCAGUUCUAGCAGAAACAGGAGUAGGAAGGACAGAGGUACCAGAAGACGAAGAGGAGGAAGAAUAACUAUAUCAUCAUAUACUUGUGCUCAAGUAUCGACUUCUGCAGCAUCUACAUCUCAAGCAUCAACUGGAUCAAGAGGAGGCAGGGGAUCAAGGGGAAGAAGAGGUGGAAGGGGAGACAGAUGA